GCCCCACUCCCUCCCCGUGACGCAGUCAGGUUUUCAGAGACUUCGUAACUUCGGGUUUACAGUGUGACUCCGGGAUGACUCCGGUUCCUGUCAAUGGAAAACCCCGCAGCUGAGCGCGCGCAUAAAAGGUCCAAACGGCCACAAAUGGAAGCUGAAAACGAACUUCCGGAGCUUCGGAGAGGACACGAACCGAGACACGGACACACACCGCCCCCCUGACAGACAUGGACACCUGGACAGCUGUCUUCUUGCUGAGCUGCUUUCUGUUCACAUCUUCGGUCCAGUCAGCUCCCGUCGGCUCGCUGUCCAGCCUCCCGCCGGCGUUCGAGGAGACGGCCACGCAAGCGAAGACGCUGGUGGAGAAAAUCCUGAAGGACAUCCCUGCAGCGCACAGCGCCGCCGUCAGCAUCCAGGGUCUCGGCCUUGAGUCCUCCACUCAGAUGUCCAACCUGCAGAUGAUGGAGGUAUCCCUGGGAAUUCCUGCGGCCCCCGUCCUCAAGAAGCUGUCGGAACACUUCACCCUGGACACGUGUGUCAGCCGCAUGUCUGCGGGCAUUCAGCUGUACCAGAACCUGCUGGCGGUUCUGUCCCAGAACUUGAGCGGUCUGGAGGACCUGAGGUCCGACCUCAGAGACCUGCUGACACACAUCAAUAAGCUGAAGGAGGUGGCUCAGCUCGCAGGCGACGAUUCGGAUCAGAACCCCGGUCUGGACCCGGUCUCUCGUUUUCAGGACAGCUACAGUGUCCAGGUGGCGGUCCACUUAACGCUGAUGCAGCUGCGGUCCUUCUGCCACGACCUGAUCCGGACCUUCAGAGUCCUCCACUACAGAGCUGCAGGCACACACUAAGCUCCGCCCACCAGGGAGUACGCCACGUUGCAUUCAAGG